AUUCUGAAGAUGGCGUCUCCUAAUGGAGGUGAUGAUUUUGAGUCGUCUUUGCUAAGUUUUGAGAAGCUGGACAGAGCGUCACCAGAUUUGUGGCCAGAGCAGUUGCCCGGAGUUGCAGAAUUUGCUGCAUCUUGUAAAAAUCCCAUCACUAAUUCGCCGCCCAAAUGGAUGGCUGAACUGGAGAAUGAGGACAUUGAAAUGUUGAAAGAGCUGGGCAGUCUGACCAAAGCCAACCUGAUGGAGAAGGUCAAAGGACUUCAGAAUCUCGCUUACCAGCUGGGUCUAGAGGAAUCCAGAGAAAUGACCAGGGGAAAAUUCCUGAACAUCUUGGAGAGGCCCAAGAAGUGACGAAUCUUUAUUUCAAGCGACAAGAAAUUUGGGAUUUCAAGGUGAUUCAGAUCUCUGUGUUUAUCAAUAUGCGAUGAACACGUUCACAACAAAGACUUUCACACCUUAAACUGGAGCAAAAUGCUCUCUCACACAUUUGAGGUGUUCUCUUCAAACUCCUCCGUGAGCCUGUUCUCUAGAUAGAUGCCUUUGCUUUUAUGGAAAAUUAAUACUUUUCACUGAACUUCUCUAAGGCUUGUAGAGCCGACUUGAUUAAAUGUCCCCUAUUUAUUCCUACUAUUUUAAACAUGAUUUUUUUUUGGGUGAAAUUGUUUAAUAAACUUUUAAAAUGAAAA